GUGCAUUCAAGAUUCAAGGCUGCAGCCACCUCCGUGCCAGGUUCGACGCGGUGUUCGUGCUCUCACUUUCCAGUCACAAAAAGAGAACAACAGAGGCCCAGGAGGGCUAGGAAAGUCUGAGAUCUGCACACGUCGCACCACUGCACUCACAUAGCGCUACAUCUUUUCCAAAUUGCUGGCAUGGCCCGGGUUCACAACGAUCAGCGUCCAGGCUCAAAGACAGCCAAGGGAAAAACUGGGGCUACCUCGAAGGGCGCAGUUGGGAAGGACAGACGGCCGAAGGAGGCGAAGGGCAAAGGGAAGGCGAAGGAGGACACUGGGAUUGAGCUCAUAACUGGAAACCAAGCGGAGGAUCCCGCUCUCCUGAAAGAUGUCUCAUCAUUCCUCUCGGGAUUGAAGUCAGCCAACGGCGCGGGCGCUGCAGAAGCGUCAUCCACGAAGAAGUCCCAGCCGAGGGACAAAGCAAAGAAAGGUACACGACAGCAAAAGGAUACAACGGUGCGCGUGGAAACCAAGACCUCGCAACAGAAGAAGCGGAAGGGCAAACCCGAUGUUCCCUCGGUAUCACAAACUGAAGAAACCAAACCCGCACCGUCUAUUCCCGUACCCAACGCAACACCAUCGUCCAAGCGAGGCAAGUUCACUGUUGACCCCAGCUCGCAAUGGUACACGUCCGUGCCCGCUAUUCCUCCCAGUGAUCCCGUGCCCCAACCGACGGCUCAGCAGCUCGCCUCGCUCAGCGAGCGAGCACAUAAACUGCUACAGGCUGAUGCCGAGCUCUAUGCGUCAACGUCGCUGUCCAGCGGAGACGCCAGCUUCAUGCAAACGAUCCUGAAGAGCGGAACGCUGAGCGACAGGCUGAGUGCUCUGACGCUGAUGGUGCAGGGAAGUCCCGUGCACAACCUGAAGGCUUUGGAGGGCCUAAAGAACAUGAUGGAGCGCGGGAAGGGCAAGGGACGCGAUGAAGGCCUGAAGGCGGUGCGGUGUGUUGUUGAUUGGUGGGUUGGCGGAGGUGGGCCGGGGCGGAAACUCAAGUACCUCCGCGACCAACCGCUCUUGCACCCGUCUGUCACAGACGCGCACCUCGUUCUCUGGCACUUCGAAGACUGGCUCAAGAAGUACUUCUUCUCCGUGCUCCAAGUCCUCGAGACGUACUCGCUCGACACGCUCGCCUACGUCCGCACGCAGUCGCUCGCGUUCAUCACCGCGCUCCUGAAGGAUCAGCCUGAGCAGGAACAGAACCUCCUCCGUCUCCUCGUUAACAAGCUCGGCGACACGGAGAAGUCGAUCUGCUCCCGCGCGAGCUACCACCUCCUGCAGGUGCUCCAGGCGCAUCCCAGCAUGAAGGCUGUAAUCGUGCGCGAGGUGAAGGCGCUGGUCUUCAGGCCGCUCGCAUCCUCGGCUGCUGCUGCGUCUGCGUCCGUGGCAGCGCACGAGGAGAAGAAGCACUCGCAUGUACGGUUCGACGAUGACGCGGACUCGGAGCCCAAGGCUGGUAAAUCUGCAUCAGGGAAGGGCAAGGAGAGUGCGAAGGAGCGGUUGGAGCGCUGGAACUCGCACGCGUGGUACUACGCGUCCGUGACCCUCAACCAAAUCGUGCUCACGCCGACUGAGGCGGACAAGGCAGUUGCGAGGACGUUGCUUGGCAUGUACUUUGAGAUGUUUGAGGAGAUCUUGGGUGCGAGCCGAGGGAAAGGUAAGGAGAAGGAAGCUGUGGACGAGGACGCCCAGAGUGACAAGGGUGGCAAGGGCAAGUCGGGUCAGAAGGCAGACAAGGGGAAGGGAAAGGAAAAGGAGGUGCGCGGCGCUGCAGGCUUUGCGGAGGUGGAGGACGCGACGUCGAGGCUCCUCAGUGCCGUGUUGACAGGCGUCAAUCGCGCGCUGCCUUUCGCGAAAGUGGACGUCGCGGGCGACGAUGUGUUCCAAAAGCAUAUCGACACGCUUUUCCUCAUCACGCAUACCUCGACGUUCAAUAUCUCCCUUCAAGCGCUGCUGCUCAUCUUCCAGAUCGCAGUUUCCCUUGCCUCCCAUCCCUCGACAUCGACUGCCUCCGCCUUGGCCACCACGCUGCAAGAUCGCUUUUACCGCACGCUCUACGCGUCGCUUAUCGACUCGCGCCUCGGCGAGUCCAACAAGCAGGCGAUGUAUCUCAAUCUGCUCUUCAAAUCACUCAAGGCGGACAAGAAUGUGGAGCGGGUGAAGGCGUUCGUGCGCAGGUUCGUGCAGAUGCUGGCUGCUGGCAUCGGCGGCAGUGGUGGGGCGGAGUUCGUUGCGGGAGGGCUGUACCUGCUCGGCGAGCUCUUCCAUACGACUCCUGAGCUGAGGGAGCUAGUGGGUGAGACGAAGGGGAAGAGGAGGGCGCCUGCUGAGGCGGAGAGCCAGUACGACCCGAGGAAACGGGACCCGCAGUUCGCGAAUGCUAGUGCGUCACCGAUGUAUGAACUGCUUCCUCUACUACAUCAUUACCACCCGACCAUCUCCCUUCAUGCUCGACAACUGCUUCAUAGCACGCCAUUGACUGCUGCUCCUGAUCUGGCCCUCAAUACUCUGAGCCACUUCUUGGAUCGGUUCGUGUACAAGAACCCGAAGAAGCCACGGACCAAAGGCUCAAGUGCCAUGCAGCCUGCGGCGAGCGCUGCUGACGGGACGGGUGUGAAGAUGACGAAGGGUGAGGUCGCAGACGAAGGCGGUAUGGUGAACGAAGAUAGCUGGUGGCGGAGAAAGGUUGAGGACAUCCCAGUCGAUCAGGUAUUCUUCCACCAGUAUUUCACCCAGAAGAAACAAAGAGAAGACAAGAAGGCAGUGAAAGUGUCCAAGCGAAAGACGCGCGGGGACGCGUCUGACACGGACGCCGAAGGCGAGGACGAGGACGAGCAGGAUAUUGCAUCCGAUCCCGAGGAGUCGCCGGCCGGUAGCGAGGACGAACAUGAGGAGGACAGCGAUAAGGGAGAGGCCGAGAUUUGGAAGGCCAUGAAAGCUUCCCUGCCAGCAGAGCUGCAGGACGAUGACCUCAUGGAUGACAGUGAGGAUGACGCCGCCGCCGACGACGACGAGAUACCAUCUGGCUUGGACGACGACGACGAAAGCGCCAGCGACCUUGAAGAUCUCGAUGGCAACGAUGUUGAUGCGGUUGGAGACGACGCCAGCGCCUCUUCGGGAGAUGACGAGGGGGACCUCGGGGAGCGUGACGAGGAUUCUGCUGCCGACGAGGACGCAUUCUCGCUUGCAGAGGCAUCCGACGCGGAGGACUUGAUAACGCUUGACGCCGACAUGCCAGUGGGCCUCCUUGAGUAUGAUGGCUCAGACGCGUCUGAUCCGGAGGAGGAAGAGUGGAACGGUAUAGACGCGGACCAGUCGGUCAAGAAGCGGAAGCGGGUCGAGGAAGACGGGAAGAAGGGCAGGAAGAAAAAGCUGCGCAGCCUACCAACGUUUGCGAGCUAUGAAGACUAUGCACGGAUGAUCGAGGAUGGACCGGAGGACAACUUGUAGCCUACUGGUCAUGUCCUGACGCCGACGGGGGCAUACUACUUCUUUUUGCUCUAGCCACACGUAUCGAUUCUCGUCACUGAGCGAUCCAGAAACCCUGGAUAGUCCGUUACUGCAUGCAGUUUGCAAUUUGCAGCUAUGGCAACCCACGGCCAAGACCUCUUUGUUAUUUGUGCACUCACUAGCUUGCAUCGCUGACAUCGGU